CCGGCACCGAGAUCACAGCCAGUUACCAGCAGCUGAAGCCAAAGCCUGAACUGUUGUCGUAACAAAAAGAACAUAUCAAGAAUGUCACUUGGGCGAAAGGUUCGCUCUUCUUCAGCUUCAGGGAGAUUAGAAACCAGCAUUGUCUAUGAACUGGGAGGUGCAACCUGGAAGACCCCCAAACCAGGAGGCCAAGCUGACUGCCCAGACUCUCGACGUUUAGGUGUUGGUGAUGAACAGCGGGACUGGUCGCUACGAGACCUGCUGAAACAGAACAAACGGAGACACUCAGUCACAUGUGGAGAAAAACUGCAGCCCAGAGUUCAUUCACGCAACAACCUCGAGCCCUCAGAUGUUAUGAAAUUCCUGAUCGAUGACAAGGUAUCACUGAACAACCUUGAGAAAAUGAAGUUAGCUUUUGAGGAAAUUGAAGUGUGUGGUAUGAGAGGCAUUGAUGUGAAGAACUUUGGACAAAUAUUGAAAACGUGUUUGGGUUUGCCCAACAUGAUCAGUGCCCAGGUUCAAGGGUUGUUUGACAAGAUUGAUUACUCAGCUCAAGGGAGGAUUUCAUGGGGGGAGUUCUCCUCAUACGUCCUCCACCAGCAUAAAGAGAAGGAGGAAACACUGAGCCUCAGCAAGCGGGUGGUCUUUAAUUUGCCAGCCAUCGUCAGUAAUCACAAACAGGGAGUUCCUGUUAACAUCCACUCCACCAGUGAUGACACCUUGGUAACGGUACAAGAAGACGGGCUUAUUUGUCUUUGGCAUCCCGAACUGGAACCCAAGAAAACCAAACACAUGUUUGGUGAGGACCCUGCUAAUCGAAGGUCCAGAUGGGUUAGUGAUUUCACCCUGAUGUCAGAGCACAACAAGCUGGUAAUUGGAACAGGGGACCGAGAGAUUCAAAUUUAUGAUCUGUUUGCUCUUGAGCCUUACUGUCAGAUUAAUGGCCUGAACACAAUUCCUCUGACUUUGCACUGCAGCUACACAGGCCCUGAUAAAUGCUGUCUUCUGUUUGGAGACGAUCAGGGAUGUGUGAACAUCAUUUUAAUGUCCUCUGUUGAAGAUACCCUCAGAAAAUGGAGUAAAUUACCAAAGCUUGAAAACAUGCCUAACAUCACAAUGGAGAAUGCUGUACGUUCUCCACAUGUGACGUUCAUCAGAUGGAAGGUUCACCAGGACUGGGUGACACAGGCAAAAUAUUUUCACAGUGUCCGAGCUGUUGUGUCUUCAUCCAAUGAAGAAUCUUCUUCUCUUGUUGUAGGCUGUGCGCUGCCGUUAACAGACUCUGAACAGCAGCUGAAUGAGAUCAGGGAGGUCUGCUGCGAGGGCAAAACCAGGAAGAUCCAACUGAGCUGGACUCCACAGGUCCGUGCGCCCCACGAACAGACGGUCUUCUCCGUCCAUAAAGGUGUGAAGACCUUUGACUUUUGUCAGAAGCUCAAUUUGCUGGUGACUGGAGGCAUGGACAGGCUUAUACGCUUGUGGAACCCCCAUUUUUCAGGGAAGCCAACUGGUAUUUUGGAAAGCCACUAUGCUCCCAUCUUCUCCCUCUGCAUCUCAUCAGAGGACAGUUGGAUCUUUUCUCUCUCUGUUGAUGCUACUGUAAAAAUUUUUCACAUGAAGGAUCAGUGUUGCCUGUUUACAGCAGAGCCCAGAGCCAGCUGCAUCCACGGUGAAAUAUCUGCAUGCUCCUACAACCCUGCUAUAAAAUGUCUGUAUGUUGCAGCAGACAGGAUGGCUGUCCUCACCCUGAAAUCCAGGCCACAGCUGAGCAGACACAUAAACGUUUCUCAUAAUGAGCCUGUAACGUGUUGUGGUUACAGUGAAGAGUUUCGUCAGGUUGUGAGCUGCAGCGAGGGUUCUGUGGUGAAAGUCUGGGAUUUUACCUCUGGACGGCAGGUUUUUGAGUUUGUUGGCAAAGAUGAGCUGACCUCCAUCACAUGCAUGGCAUUUGACCCAAAAGGAAGGAGACUUGUUACAGGUGGAAGAAACGGAUGCUUAAAGAUUUGGAACUUUAACAGUGGUCAGUGCUUAAAGACUUUAGAAAAAGAAAGUAAAUGCCAAGAGGUGUGCGACUGCAUCUUUCUUAAAGUUCAGAGGAAUUUCUGUGUGACAGCUGUCGGAAAAGACAGAAGGAUUGACACUUAUUCAGAUGUUCUUGAUGUCGAUCGUCACACCCAGAGGCCUCAGCCUUCUUGGAAAGACGAUCUGAUGAACGGUCAUAAGGACGACAUCCUUUGCGUGGUUCAUUGUCCUCCGUCUUUCCUGGCCACCGGCAGCUGCGAUGGAGAAAUUAUUGUGUGGAACCUGGUUUCUGGAACCAUACAGUGUCGGUUUGUCGGCCCCCAUGAAGCUGAAAACCAGAAUACGGAAGGACUGGAUACGAGUGUUCCGAGCAUCGUUUUCCCAAAGAACUUCAAACUGCCGCAGUUUUCCUCAAACGCAGCUCUUCUUCUUUCAUCUGGGGUCAAAGGGAGCGUAAAUCUCUGGAAUAUGGUCAGUGAGGAAAAACUUGUGGAGAGCUUCGAAAUCCAAAAGAUAACCAAACUGGCCCAAACUGACAACGACACACUGCUGUAUGCUGCUGACAGGAUUGGUUAUGUUUAUGUUUACGACAUGAAGAAGUUUGACCCGGAGCAAAGAUCACCCAGAGUGGAACACUCCUGGCGUGCCCACACCAGCACAAUUACCAGCCUGCAGAUUGUUGACGUUGAUCAAGUGGUGCUCACUUCAUCCACAGACCAAACUGUGCGCCUUUGGAGUGCACGAGGACAAUACAUCGGGACGUUUGGGCAGCCUCAGCCGUGGAAUAUCCACAUCCCCUCGUCCUGGAUACACCCUGGUGUGCCUUAUGAGAUUCUGAUUGAUCCUUUUAGUAUGCCAGCUCAUGAGUUUCUGAAUGGAAAAUCGCAUCUUUCAGAAGCCAUCAAAUGUGACACGAGUGAGGCUGAUGGAGGGGAACUAAAGACUCUGGAAUGAAAUUGCCUGGCACACUAACAUGAGAUUGAACCACUGCACCCUGAAAGGCUUUGAUACUGAGGAGCUACAGAACCUCAGUGAAUCACCUAAACUCUGGUAUUGAUCCUUUCAGAAGCCCCACCGGGGAACUGGAGUCAACUGAAUAACAUAAAACUGUAUUGAUCAAAUCGGAGAAAAUGGGUCAUUGCGAUGCGACUGCUACCAUAUAACGUAUAGAAAUUACAAUUGAACAAAAUAUUAAAUAUAAUUGGGCCUACAUGCAGUCAUACACGUGUGCAGAUUCUAAAAGGCUAAAUGAGACUGGAUAUAUUCUAGACACGACAGAUAGAUUGAGGUAACUCUGUGACCCAGACAUGUUGGUUUUAUAAUUGGUGCUCACGUCUGAGUACAACUUUCCAAUUAGUGACAAUUCAAGAUGUUUUUUUUAAUAAUAUUUGGUUUAAUAGGACAUCACUUGUUUUGUGCAUCAUAGACAUGUUCUACAUAAAACUAUGGGCCAGAUUUUCAUGUCUUACUUUUAUAUUUUUUAAAAAAACUUUUCUGAAUCUAUGUUUUUUUUUUUUUGGUUACUUUCCACACCCAACUACACUUGUUCCCUGUUCCAUCAGUCACAACUGCUCUUGUGCCUUCUCCCUAAUACCUGUAGGUUUGCUGCCAUGGCAUAGUUUUAUUUAAAAAUUUUUAUGAAAGUUUUUUUAUUUUUAUUUUCUCAAGCUCCUCGUGUGAGUCUGCAUCUCUGUGUCAACCAUAACCAAGAAAAAAAAGCGCUGCUAUGACCUUUUUUAAAAUACUUUUUAUGAGACAAACCUGGUCUGUUAAUUAAAAAUCAAAUAACCUAAGAAAACUUAAUUUACUUUACUUAAUUAAACUGAAUUAACAGAUUUUUUUUUCAAGUUUAAGAUAAUAUGCAUUUAAUUUCUUUAUUAGCCUGACAAAUGUCUUAUCUCAUGACCUGUGCUGCACUUUGUCUUUAGUGUCACUUUGUAAAUGUUUUGGAGUGUGCAGAAAAUUAAAAUAAAUAACUGGAUUAAUAUUUAAAGUAUAUUUUUAUACUGCAAAAAUAAUAAAUGUUGAACUGUCACCUUUGAAGUAGGCAGAAAAUAUUAGUUUUUGAUGUUUGUGUAAAAAAAAAGAAUGAUUGCUCAAAUUUGUAAUCCUUCCACCAGUUAAAAUUCAGACACUACAGUUUGUUUUAAUCAUUGUUUUUUCUGCAGUAAAUUCUUUAUGUAUGGCAUUGUGAAGGGCAUCUUGCACACAUUAUGUUAAUAAAAAUAGACUGCAUAUUUCCACUUUUAUCUGCCAUUUAGACAUAAAUCAUCAUGUCAUCAAUUUCAACA